AAAUGCUAGUUUUUAAGUUAAUUAGCAUCAUCUACUGCGUGCUACAAAUUUUUGUAAAUAGAACAAAUGGCUCAUCAAUGGAUUUAUAUAAAAAUGCCCGAUUGGGCACGCGAAUUGUACAAACGCGCAAUGGUCGAGUACAGGGACUCAUACUCCCGUUGGAAAAUUUCAAGUUUCUCAAACCCGUAGAAGUGUUCCUCGGCGUUCCGUAUGCCACGCCGCCCGUAAAAUUAAAUAGAUUUGCACCAACACGCGCUGCAGAUCCUUGGGAUGGCGUGCGAGUCGCCGAUAAAUUUAGUCCUGUGUGUCCUCAACGACUGCCAAAUAUCUUAAAUGAAACGCUGGCAUUAGAGAAAAUGCCCAAAGGACGUCUCGAAUACCUAAAACGUUUAUUGCCUUUUUUACAGAAUCAGUCGGAGGACUGUUUAUAUUUGAAUAUUUUUUCACCGAUGCAUGCAUCAUCGUUAGAACAAAAAUUACCAGUAAUUGUAUUUCUACAUGGAGAAUCAUUUGAAUGGAAUAGUGGCAAUCCAUUUGAUGGUACAGUAUUAGCCAGUUACGGUGAAGUGGUUGUAGUUACUAUAAAUUAUCGUUUAGGUAUAUUAGGUUUUUUAAAUGCCAAUCCAAGCCCGCAUAUUCGCGCGCGCGUAGCAAAUUAUGGUCUCAUGGAUCAAAUGGCUGCCUUACAUUGGGUCAAUCAGAACAUCAAGUUGUUCGGCGGAGACCCGUCGAUGGUAACACUCGCGGGGCACGGAAGCGGCGCCGCAUGCAUCAAUUUUCUUAUGAGUUCGCCAACAAUGGUGCCUGGCUUGUUCAAUCGCGCAAUCCUCCUUUCGGGCUCGUCGCAUUCGUCAUGGGCGCUGGUCGAGGAUCCCGUCAUUUAUGCCCUCAAGUUGGCAAAGGAACUCAAUUGCAGCGUGCCCGACGAUCUGUUUCGGCAUCACGAGCAAAUUGUCGAUUGUUUGCGCGACGUCCCGAUCGAGAAUUUGUUAGCGAUCGACAUUCAACCACCGAGUUUUUUAAAUGCUUUUGGCCCGUCGGUAGAUGGCGUUGUGAUACGAACGGGGCACGUGAAUCAAGAAAUGGAUGAUGCGCCGGCACGAGGUCCCACGAAACGAUCGCAAAAUCAACCGGGACGCUACGAUUUGUUGUUUGGCGUCGUGACGGGCGAAGCGCUGUGGCGUUUUAGUGCGCACGACAUCCAAAACGGGUUCGAGGGCGAACGGAGAGACAAAAUCCUGAGAACGUAUGUGAGGAAUGCUUACACGUAUCAUCUUAGCGAAAUUUUUUAUACGAUAGUCAACGAGUACACAGACUGGGAGCGCACGAAUCAGCAUCCGAUCAAUACGCGAGAUGCGGCGGUGCAAGCCUUAUCUGAUGCACAAUUUGUGGCGCCGGUUGUUCAUACGGGCGACACUUUUGCUCCGACGCCUCCGCAAGGUCCGGGCAGCGAAGACGAUGAAAGUCAAAAAUGCUUUUUUUAUGUCUUCGAUUAUCAGACGAAAGAUGGCGAUUAUCCGCAACGCAUGGGAACUGUGCAUGGCGAAGAUUUGCCGUAUGUCUUUGGAGCGCCUCUCGUCGAAGGUUUCAAUCAUUUUCCGCAUAACUAUACGAAAUCCGAAGUUGCGUUAUCGGAAGCGAUGAUGAUCUAUUGGAGUAAUUUUGCACGAACUGGUAAUCCCAAUGAGCAUCAUCGCCAAGACUCUGUGUUGCCCGCAUCAAAGGAAAGAAAUCGUUACCGAAGCGUCACGUGGGAAGAAUACGACCCAGUUCACCAAAAAUACUUGGAAAUUGGCAUGAAGCCACGCAUGAAAAAUCACUUCCGUGCGCAUCAACUCUCCAUCUGGCUCAAGCUAAUUCCCGAACUACACAAAGCCGGCAUGGAAGAUGUCAUCGCCAGACAUAAUUUAUUCAAGAAUCACGACGACAUGAACUUGUACGAGGGAAUUGUAAAGCCGGAUUCACGAUUUGCCUUUCUCGACGACAGCUACAAGCGACGCAACAACAUCACGGAGCUCGUACUCGGCGCAGGAAUAACAACGAUGGAUCCGCUGCCAUUUACCACGUGCAUCCCAUUGGGAAAUUAUUCGGGUUACGGCGGCGGAAAUGCACACGCAACAACCAACAUUGCCAAUUCCACGCAAGAUACUUUAGCGGGAUACGAAGCAGCUGGUUACGCUGCCUACUCGACUGCCUUAUCGGUAACGAUCGCCAUCGGUUGUAGUCUUUUAAUUUUGAACGUGUUGAUAUUUGCCGGCGUUUACUACCAACGUGACAAGACGCGUUUAGAGGUAAAAAGUUUGCAAAAGCAGUACGGUCAACAACGCCCGGGCCAUCAACAAUCAUUCGAUCCCAUUAAACAUGCUCAUUUUCACCUCGGGCACUCGCAAAGCGCAAAUGUCAUCGUCGACGUAGAAAAUCACGAUACCGGCGCACUCAUCCUCUCGAGUACGGGGGAGAAAUCGCCGCACAUUUGUUCCAACUCGAUGCAAAUUAAUGUAAUGAAAACAAGUUCGCCGGGGCACGGAGGCAUGACAACGGGUUGCAUGACCACGACGCAGGCACAAACGAAAAUCCCCAAUAACGCGUGUUACGCCAAACAGCAGCAGCAGCAGCAACAAAAAUCAUCGGAAACGCAAAUGCCGAUCACAGCGGGCGUUACAAUCCCCAUCAAGACGACGCAGAAUUUCAGCGGGAGCAAUAAUAAUCGGAGUAUUAAUACGAAUGAGUCGUCUUUUACGACGUCAGUGCCGAGUGCGGGCAUGAUGACACUGCCAAAAUCGAGUAAUUUGUCAAUGCAACAACAUAUGAUGACGAUGCAAUAUAGCGGGAAUGGCGGGAACACGAAUCCUGCGUCGUGCAUGACGCUUCCGAGAAAUCCAGCGACGUUAAAUAAUACAGAUUUGCAGCAGAAACAACCGCCAAAUGGAAGUGUCAUCGGCGUGCAUACGCACACAUUGGGACGACAUCCGCACUCGCAUUCGCGCCCGCAACAAAUAAUUCACCAAUCGAGUAGCUGUAGUCGUAGCAAUAGUCCCGCAGAUAAUCGCCCUCUGUUAUCCUCUUCCUCGCAAUCGUCGUCGGCGACAACGGCAACGAUCUCGUCGCAGCAACAACAACAACAACAAACCCCAAUCCCGAAGGCAGCCAUGGAUGAAAUGAGAGUAUGAUUUGAUUUUUAGGCACCAUCACCGCCAAAACCAACGAUAACAACAACAUCGCCAUUAACAAACAUAAACAUUGUUUUGUGGCUUCAACAGGCAAAUACGAUGAUGGUGUUCUUCUAUCGCGCUCGCUCCCGACACAUUUUGUUAUCGUCGCAGGUAAACCAUCUCCUCUAACCAUCGCACACCGUUCAACUUUAUCAAAUUUCACUCAAUAAAAUUUAUUUUUCUAACGCGGUGUUGAAAUAACACGCGCACA